UCCACAGUCGAGAUACACUUGUAUCUGUCGCAACGCUGUGAACAGAGUAUUGCGGGUCCGUUGCAUUCGACAGCAUUUUUCCUACUGGUUAUCUUAUCAAAGAGACAUUUAUAUAGCCGUUGACGCCGCAUUCCAUCUACACUACAUUCAAACAUUACCUAUCAUUAUUCAAAGUGUACAGAAUGCAAUCAGUUGCUAUACAUUAUUGGGAUAUCUCUCAUAGGAAUAGUUAUCAUUGUACUCUUUACUAUAUAUUGGACUAGAGCUUAUUGAUUAAAACAGGAAAGGUCUCUGAAAUUGCUAUUCAUACUGAGUGUGCUAUUUGAGCGAUAGGUGCACAGAAUGAAUACAGACAAGCAGCUCAGUUUGUAUUCAACUCUUGCCAGAAAUAGUCAGAAAAAUGGAAGAAAUUACCUACGAUCCGAUUAAACGCAUCUGGAGUGGAAAAAAGGCCAUGCCCAUGUACGACUUAGAUUGUUCAAUAGGCCGAAUAAUUCACAAUAAUCUCAAAAGUAAUCCCAAAAACAUUUGCCAGAUAUGCAUUGAGGAUGGGAAAACUGCGACAAGCCAGGAAAUAUUAAACUGGUCCGUGCGACUUGCACAGAACUUCAAGCAGCGGGGACUAAGUCACGAUGAUGUCAUUUGUAUUUCGGCGAAGAAUAGCACCUAUGUCACACCUGCUGCUGUGGCCUGCCUCUUCAACGCAACGCCUUUCCAUGCAGUUAAUCCCAUCUUGGAUAUCAAUACGCUAACACACUUGCUGACGAUAACCAAGCCCAAGUUAAUCUUCUGCGAUGCCGUCGACUAUGAGAAGCUAAAGACCGCGAGUGCUGCCUGGUCACCUGAACUGAUAACAGUCACAGGUAAAGUGGAGGGCGUGACGUAUAUAGAGGAGCUGCUCUCCCCAACAAAGACUGAGAUGUUCUAUCAACCACAACCCUUGAUUUUGGGCGGCGAUCAGACUGUGUUUAUCUUGUGUUCCUCCGGUACUACCGGCCUUCCCAAAGCUGUUUGCAUUGCAAACCAUACGUUUGAUUGUAGUAACAAUUUUGUAACCUGCGAAUCGGUCGCCUACUGUCCGUCUGGAUUGGACUGGGCCACCGGCAUUCUCUUCUUAUUAUGGAGCGUUGCGAAUGGCUGCACAAGAAUUUUAACGAACCGACCUUUCAGUGCCGAGUAUUUUCUGGAGCUGGUUGUUAAGUAUAAAAUCACUACAGUGAUUCUCGUACCGGUUUACAUUUCCGCACUAGUCGCAUGUCCCGAGGCCUCAGCUGAAAAACUAGCUAGUCUAAGGACUUUAGUCGUGGGUGGUGGGUGGAUACCAUCGGAGACACUUCAUAAGAUGCAGAGCCUGCUUAAAAACGGUGUUAUCAUCUUCACAUAUGGCUCUACAGAAAUCGGUGGAAUAGCAGGCGGCAUUUAUACGGAAAAGCUUGGCACGACAGUUGGCAAGCUAGCGCCUGGAAUCCAAGUGCGCAUAUUGGACGAGAACUGCAGUAAUCUGAGCCAUGGAGAAGUGGGAGAGGUGUGUGUGCACCGUGGCCGCAAAUGGAGCGGCUACUACGGUAACCCACUGGAAACCCAGCGCAUGCAGGACUCUCUGGGCUGGUUCCACUCGGGUGAUUUGGGCUACUUUGAUGAACACAAUAACCUGUAUAUCGUGGACCGCAAAAAGGAAAUCUUCAAAUGCCUGACGAUGCAUUACUGGCCCAAUGAGAUCGAGGCAGUCAUUGCUGAGCUACCCGAUGUCCAACAAGUUUGUGUGGCAGGCGUUUAUAUUGAGAAGUACGGCGAUGCACCUGCAGCUAUGGUCGUAAAACGACCUGGCAGCACCCUGAGUGCAGAUCAGAUUAAGGAGCAUGUGGCCAAGCGGUUGGUGGUCGAGUUUAAGCGAUUGUUUGGAGGCGUUUACUUCGCGGAUGAGUUGCCCCAGAAUGCCAACGGUAAGGUGCUCCGUCGAGUGGUCAAAGAGAAACUGACACAGGCUAAUUUGGAUCGUUAAAAUGGGUUUCGUUAAACUUUAAUUGUUUAAAUACAUUAAUAUCUUUUUCUAAUUACAA